AUGUCGUGGCUCCCGAUUCUCCUCCUGCUCCUCUCGGCGUCGAGCAUCCACGCCGACAAUCGCUCCCCUGCGUCUUUCACUGAUAACCCCAACGAUGUCGAAGACGCACAGCUUCGAUCGGCAGUCGACGAGCCGUCUCCUAAGACCUUUGGAGAAUUCGUCAACAAUGCCACGCUCUCUGCUGCCUUCUCAGGGUGUGGACUGUGUCAGCAAACCGGCCAAUGCGGCCACGCUUACCACGGACAACCAGGUCAAUUCUGCAUUGGUCUUGCUUCCGGCGCACCCUGUUGCUGUCCAGUAGACGCUCAGUGUGCCGCGACCCCAUACGAGUGUCGCUGUCGCCGUGCAGCACCCUAUCAUUAUGGCGGGUACGACGGCUACCACUCGAGGUCGUCCUCGUCAGGAGGAGUGUUCAGCACGAUCCUGUUUAUUGCUAUGGUUUUGCUGUGCUGUGUGUGCUGCUGCUACCUACCGGCACGUCGGGCGCAGCAAGAACGAGAGGAACAAUAUGCAUACGCCCAGCCCGUUGCAUCGAGUCAGUACGGUACGUACGCAGACCAGCAGCAGCAGCCGCCACAAGCUCCGUACGCGUAUGCGUCGGCUCCUGUGGCAUACGGAGCAUCCCCGUAUCGUGAAAGUGGUGGCGGGAAUGGUGGUCAUACGAUGGCUGCAGGUGCACUAGGAGCCUUAGGAGGACUGGGCGUUGGCGCAGCGUUGGGCUCGGCGUUUGGCGGUCAUAACAACAAUACUGGCUACGCAGGUGAUACGGGAGACGGGUAUGACAACGCUGGCUACAGUGGCGAUGUCGGAGGCGUGGGCGGUAACACGUACACGUUUAGUGGAGACACUGGUGGUGGUGACGACUUUGGUGGAGAUGGAGGGGACGAUGGCACGUUUGCUGGUGACUCGUAG